UUUCAAAGUUGUUUAUUGACAUCGAAUGUUGUUGGAGUGCAUCAAGUAGAUAUCGCAAACAGUUGAGCGCGUAAAGGUGAAGGCAUGGCCAUAGUGAAACUUGUUAAGAAUAAGGCUUAUUUUAAACGCUUCCAAGUCAAAUUCAAAAGGCGAAGAGAGGGAAAAACUGACUACUAUGCUCGCAAACGGCUAAUUUGGCAGGAUAAAAACAAAUACAAUACACCUAAAUACCGUCUGGUGGUCCGUUUUACUAAUAAGGACAUAAUCUGUCAGAUUAUAUAUGCACGCAUUGAUGGAGACCGAGUAUUGUGCUCCGCCUAUUCCCACGAAUUACCUCGAUAUGGCGUUAAGGUUGGACUGACUAAUUAUUCCGCCGCCUACUGUACAGGUCUUCUUUGUGCCAGGCGCGUAUUGAAGCAACUAGGCCUGGAUGGUCUGUAUGCUGGAGCUGAGAAAGUUGAUGGGCAAGAAUAUCAUGUGGAAUCUGUUGACGGGGAAAAGUCUGCCUUCAGGUGUCAUCUUGACAUUGGUCUUGCAAGGACUUCAUCUGGUGCCAAUAUCUUCGGUGCUCUUAAAGGUGCCGUUGAUGGUGGUCUAGACAUACCUUACUCACCCAGUAGAUUCCCGGGUUACAACCAGGCGUCUAAAGAGUACAAUGCCGAGGUUCACCGAGCCCGUAUUCUAGGUCAUCAUGUAGCUGAAUAUAUGAAACAACUCCAAGAGGAAAGCGAAACUGAUUAUCAGCGUCAGUUCAGUGGAUAUAUAAAACAUGGGAUUACUGCUGAUAAAAUUGAGGCAAUGUACCUCUCAGCCCAUGCAGCGAUUCGAGCAGACCCCACACAUAUUACUAAGGAGAAGAAGGAGGUUCAACCAAAGAGAUUCAAUCGCAGAAAGUUGUCUUCCAAACAAAGGAAGGAACGUGUCCGACAAAAGAAGGCACACUAUCUCUCUCAACUCAAGAAAGAAAUAGCCGCUGCUGAAUAGUUGUCUGUUAUAAUAAAAUGUUGGUCCAGU